AUGGCGGCCGACGUGGGCCACAUUGCACAGCUGCUCCAGGCAACACUCGAUCCUGCCCAGCACCGUGAAGCCGAAGCUGCCCUCAAGCAGGAGGCGACCAAGCCUCAGUACUCUCUGACUCUGCUCACUAUCGUCAGCUCCGAUUCACUCCCCGUCAACACUCGGCUAAGCGCUGCCCUGGCUUUUAAGAACUUCAUCCGACUCAACUAUGUGGACGCGAAUGGAAACUACAAGAUCCCGCAAGACGAGGUUCAGACGAUCAAAGAGCGCCUCAUCGGACUGAUGAUUGCCUCUCCCGCCAAUAUUCAGAGCCAGUUGGGUGAAGCUGUCAGCAUCAUUGCCGAUUCAGACUUCUGGGAGCGAUGGGAUACCCUAACUCAGGAUCUCGUCAGCCGAUUCUCGGCUACUGACCCCAAGGUGAACAUCGGCGUGCUGGAGGUGGCUCAUUCCAUCUUCGUUCGGUGGAGGCCACUUAUGGGAACGUCUGGCUUAUACACAGAAAUCAACCAUGUCAUCAACACAUUUGGUACUCCAUUCUUCCAGCUGCUGGCGACCACCGAUAGCAAAAUCACCGAGCUCAGCCAAGAUAAAGCAGCUCUCCGAGGCUGGUUCGAGACGCUUAGCUUACAGUUGAAGAUCAUGUUUGACAUGUCUUGCCACGAUCUGCCUCCCAUUUUCGAAGACAACCUCUCCAGCAUCUCCGAACUGCUUCACAAGUAUCUAAACUACUCCAACUCCGUUUUGGAUACCGACGAUGACGACGAAUACGAUGCCGACUUUUCUCAAUACUGCAAGCCCUUCAUCACAAGCACUUGGAGUCUUGUUUCAUCCAUUGGAUCCCAGACAAAAUAUGACACUCUUGUCAGCAAGUCAUUGCACUUCUUAGCGGCAGUUGCGGCAACCCGAGAACACUCUGAGCUAUUCAACAGUGAGGAAGUCCUCACCGAGAUCGUCGAAAAAGUCAUACUGCCCAAUGUCGCCCUGCGGGAGUCUGACAUUGAAAUGUUUGAGGAUGAGCCAAUUGAGUAUAUUCGCCGAGACUUGGAGGGAUCUGAUUCUGGCUCUCGACGGAGAUCGGCCACCGACUUCCUCCGCAGUCUGCAGGAAAAAUUCGAGAGCCUUGUCACCGCUUGUGUUUCUCGAUACAUCACUCACUAUCUCGAUCAGGGAAAAGCAGAUUGGAAGGCCAAAGAUACUGCCGUCUAUCUAUUCCUCUCCAUCGCUGCCAAGGGCGCUGUCACUCAGGCACAAGGUGUCAAGACCGUCAACCCACUUGUCAACGUGGUCGAUUUCUUUGAACGACACAUUGCUUCCGAUCUGGUGAAUGGGGAUGGCAUUGAGCCCAUCGCCAAAGUGGACGCUAUCAAGUUCCUCUACACAUUCCGCAGCCAGUUGUCCAAAGAUCAGUGGAAGGUCGCUAUUGGCCCAUUGAUUCAGAACCUAAACUCGACCAAUUAUGUUGUUUAUACGUACGCAGCUAUUGCCGUGGAGCGUGUAUUGUAUCUGACGGAUGAUGCGGGCAACGCCAUGUUCCCUCGUGCAGACAUAGAACCGUUUGCAAAGGAUCUGCUCACUCAUCUCUUCAAACUAAUUGAAAGAGAGACUAGCGCACCGAAAUUGCAAGAGAACGAGUUCUUGAUGCGAUGCGUGAUGAGAAUUCUCAUCGUCAUCAAGGAUGGAGCGGGUCCUUGGCUCGAUACUAUCUUGACACAUCUCAUCCUUAUCACCAACGUGAUGAAAUCUAACCCUAGCAACCCUCGCUUUUACUAUUACCAUUUCGAGGCCCUGGGCGCCUUGGUUCGAUACUGUGCCGCGACACAUGCAGCUGCAAUCAACCAGAAGCUAUGGGACCCCGCACAUCAGAUCUUGGUUGAAGAUGUUACUGCAAAAACAGAGUUCAUCCCUUACAUCUUCCAAAUCUUGGCACAGCUUCUGGAGUCUAGCCCAGCCGAUUCGGUCUCCGAUAACUACCGGGCGCUUCUUGGCCCCCUGCUGCAGCCCACUCUGUGGGAAACCAGAGGCAACAUUCCUGCUUGCACACGACUGUUAUCCGCUCUCAUUCCCAGGGUAGCCAAGACUAUUGUUGCAGAGAAUCAUCUUGAGGCUGUGCUUGGAAUUUUCCAGAGACUACUUAAUGGAAAGAAAUCAGAGCUGAAUGCAUUCGAUGUUCUCGAGGCAGUUGUCAACUCAUUCGAACCAUCCGCUCUCGAUCCAUACUUCGACACCAUUCUUACACUCAUUUUCACAAAGCUGCAAGGAUCUCCCGCCGAUUCUUUCAAGAUCCGCUUUGUUCGCUUCUUCCACCUCGUUGGAGGAAGACUAGAAGCUGGCUACGGAACGGAUUACUUUGUCAAGCAUUCUGACAAAGUAGACGAGAAGGUCUUUGCUCAAGUCUAUCCUCCAUUCAUUCUUCAGGAGACAGACAAGCUGGCAAGACCCGUUGAUCGCAAGGCUGCCGUGGUUUCUCUUACCAAAACACUGUGUGACUCUCAAGUGUUCGCACAGAAGUUUGCCAAGGGCUGGGGCAAUACCUGCAGAAUUCUUCUCACUCUGCUUGCAAAUCCUCCGAGUGCUGCUGCCGGAGUCGGUGAUGAGAUUAUCACGGAAAACUCUCCCGAUGAUAUCGGAUUUGGCUUGACGUUCACGGCCCUCAACACAUGCAAGCCUGCUGCACGGGAUGAUUUCCCAGAGGUGCAAAAUGUGACUACUUGGGUCAAGGAGUACAUGGUCGGAGCUAACCAGAGGCAUGGUGGUGCUGUUGAGGGUUUCAUCUCACAGCGUCUAACACCUGAGCUUCAAGAGGCUAUUGCCCAGUACAUCCGAUAA